CGAGUUGAAUAGAUCCAGCGCUUGUUGUGCGUGUGUGUUAGCGGACAUCAUCGGCUCUAACGCUAUAACUCGACCACCACCACAGUAGACGCACACACUCGACGUCCUAUACGGGACUGUAGGGAGGGAGCAAACCCAGCAGUAUAGUAUCCAUAUCCUCCUCCUUCUUCUUCUUCUUCUUCUUCUUCUUUGGCUCUAUCCUAGUCCAUCAAAAGCCCCUUUGGGUCUUGGGCCAGCAGCAGCAGCAGCUCUGGCAAUCUCCUCCUCCCCAUAUCAUCAGUUAUUUCUCUUUCGGGCUGGGCUGGUUGGACGAAUAGGAGGAGCAGCACAGGACCGUCCCGUCCGACUGGUGGCCGUGCGUGUGUGUGUGUGUCUCCUCUCUUUUUUGACUCGUGUCGUACAGUCAGCCACGCCAGUGAGUGACGAGUCAGUGAGUGUUGGUUGGUGGUGUGGACGCCUCCUGCUCUAUUUCACUCUCUCUCUCGUCCUCUCUCUCUCUCCUUGUCCUCAGCACCAGCAACAACUUGGCCGCCCGUCGCCGUCGUCGUCGUCGCCGUCGUGUAUUGUCUCUCAUCAGCUCAUCUUCGCUUGACUUUCGGUCGGAUCGUUUCAUUCUUCCAUCCGUCCCUCGACUCACCCGACACCUUCCAGCAGAGGAUAUUACACAGCGUCUAGCGGUCAUCACCUGCGUUUGGAUUGGAUUGCAGAGCGAAAAAGUGCUGGGAUCGCCAUGGCUGAAAUGUCGGAGAAAUCCAAGUCCAACAAGGAGCGAUUUGGCGACGACGAAGGUGAAUCCAACGGGCUCCUUCCGGCCGCCAGCAGCAAAGGACCCACCGUCAGCGCCGCUACGCCCGCCAUCGUCGAGUCCCAUUCGUCGCUGGUGCCCGUCAAAACAGACGACAAUCUGCCAGAAAGAGGCGAAUGGUCGUCAAAGAUCGAGUUCAUCUUCUCCACCGUCGGAUACGCCAUCGGAUUGGGAAACGUCUGGCGAUUUCCGUACCUGUGUUACAAGAAUGGCGGCGGAGCUUUUCUGGUGCCGUAUUUGAUUACGAUUCUCUUCGCCGGUGUCCCCAUGUUUUUUCUGGAGUGCGCCUUGGGUCAGUACUUGGGAAUUGGCGGCCUGGGAGUCUGGAAAGUCACGCCCUUCUUCAAAGGUGUGGGCUACGCCGCCGUCAUCAACGCCGCAUGGCUCAACAUCUACUACAUUGUCAUCUUGGCUUGGUGCCUCUUCUACUUCCUCGUGUCUCUCAGCAAAGUUCUCCCGUGGGGCACGUGCGACAACUGGUGGAACACGGAAACGUGCGUGAGCGCCUACUCGCGCCAGAACCUCACCUCCUACAUAGAGGGCAAUACGACCUUCUACAACCUCAACGGCACCAUCUACGCGGCCGCCAACCUCACCGAUCCCGUCAAGGAAUACUGGGAGCGUCGCGUUCUCAUGAUCUCGGACGGGUUGGAGGACAUUGGCGAACUUCGCUGGGAACUGGUGGGAACGUUGGCCGCUGUUUGGUUCAUGUGCUACUUUUGCAUCUGGAAAGGAGUCAAAUGGACGGGCAAGGUGGUUUACUUCACGGCCCUGUUCCCUUACUUCCUGUUGACGGUGUUGCUCAUUCGUGGAGUUACUCUACCCGGCGCCGCCGAAGGUAUCGCUUUCUACCUGACUCCGGAUUUGUCAAGGCUUCGAGACCCGGAGGUUUGGAUUGAUGCCGUGUCUCAAAUCUUCUUCUCUUACGGUCUGGGAGUCGGUUCCCUCAUCGCUUUGGGAAGCUACAAUCAAUACAACAACAACGUCUACAGGCAAUCGCUGAUAGUCUGCGCCAUCAAUUCCGGGACGAGUUUCUUCUCCGGAUUCGCCAUUUUCUCCGUUAUCGGUUUCAUGGCCAAGGAACAAAACAAACCAAUCAGCGAAGUCGCAGCUUCAGGUCCUGGACUGACAUUUUUGGCGUAUCCGUCGGCUGUGUUGCAGCUACCGAUUUCUCCUCUAUGGUCGUGCCUCUUUUUCCUCAUGUUCAUCACUCUGGGAUUGGAUUCGCAGUUUUGCACUCUGGAGGGCUUCAUAACGGCGGUGGUGGAUGAGUGGCCUCGCUUGUUGCGCCGACGCAAAGAGAUUUUCAUCGCCGUUGUUUGUUUCGUUUCUUUCCUUAUUGGACUCUCCUGCGUCGCUCAGGGAGGCAUGUACGUUUUCCAGCUCUUCAACACUUACGCCUGCAGUAAUCUGGUGCUCCUCUGGCUCAUCUUCUUCGAGUGCAUCGCCAUUUCGUGGGGAUUCGGAGUCGAUCGCUUCUACGAUGGAAUCAAGGAUAUGAUUGGAUAUUAUCCGACUCGUUGGUUCAAAUUCUGCUGGUGUUUCACCACUCCACUCAUUUGCAUUGGCGUCUUUAUCUUUUACCUGGCCGAGUUCACACCUCUGACUUACCUGGACUACCACUACCCGUGGUGGGGUCAUUUCAUCGGCUUGCUAUUAGCCCUCUCGUCCAUGAUUUGCGUUCCAGCUUACAUGGCCUACGUCGUGUGGAGGCAGGAGGGCAACCUGAUGGAGAAACUUCGUCGCACGAUGGACGAAAUUAGGCCCAAGAUCAGUUUGGAGGAGAUACGUAACUGGCACGUGAAGCCUGCGACGCCCAGCAAUGAGGCUGUGACGGCCGUCUAGAAAAUCAUUUCUUGUCGUCCGUUUUGACCGCCAGCGGACUAGUAGUCACCUAUUCUACCAACUGUCUAGCGAACGACUGAUUCGCCGUCUCUACAUUUGGAUUUGACGGCGUCAUCUUUUGUUUCAUAUCAGUUGCUGUUUCAUUGGGUUUCAUUUUUUGAUUUUUCUUUCAAAAUUCCCCCCUCUUUUUUUACUUGGAUUAUUUUUUGGGUUUUUGGUUUGUCUCUACGAUCUUUUUGGUAUUCCAAUGACUUUCCGACUGCAUCUGCUUUUGGCCGGAGCUGUUCACAUGUUCAAUACGUCUUCCAUUGCGAGGCCUCAUAAUAUUUGAAUCAUCCACUCUAUUAUUGUCUCUACAUAUAACGUUCUUGGUUCUUCGUCUUUGAUGUCGAUUAUUCUACAGUCGAUUCUUCCAUGGCGCUCUUCGUCAAACCAAACAAAUGUGUGUAAGUGUUACGUCUCCGAGUAGAUUUUUGAUGAUUGGUUUUUUUUUGUCGUGUCCGCCCGUCACGUCUGAUCUUUUAUUUUCAUUUCCCUCAACGAAUUGUUCCAGAUUUGGGAUCCAACUUUUUUACGAUGAAAAUCAAUUCAUUCCUUUGUACGGCAACAUAUCCACAACAUAUCUUGGAUAUUUCUCAAUGUUUCUAUUGCUUGAUAGUUAAACCCUCUCCCCACUUUGUCCCAUCAUUUGAUAUUUGGAUAAGUCGCACAAUCCCUUAUUGUGCUCUGGUAAAAGAAGAGCAACAGAAACUCGCUUGGUAAAUCGCUAGUUGUAGUAUCCGUGUAGUUGUUUUUGCAUUGCCGGAUUGGCGUUUACCUUUCCCCUAUGGUCUGUACUGUCAUCCGUCAAAUACAAGUAAAAAACAAAACAAACAAAAAAAA